GGGGAGCCUGACCAGGCAGAUAACCAUUACUGGACCAGAAAGAUGACUUCUAUCAUCAAAUUGACUACCCUCUCGGGGGUCCAAGAAGAGUCUGCUCUUUGCUAUCUUCUCCAGGUUGAUGAGUUUAGGUUUUUGUUGGACUGUGGCUGGGAUGAACACUUCUCUAUGGACAUUAUUGAUUCCCUGAGGAAGCACGUUCACCAGAUUGACGCGGUACUCCUCUCUCACCCCGACCCACUCCACCUCGGUGCCCUCCCAUUCGCUGUGGGAAAGCUGGGUCUGAACUGUGCCAUCUAUGCCACAAUUCCUGUGUAUAAAAUGGGGCAGAUGUUCAUGUACGAUCUUUAUCAGUCUCGACACAAUACGGAAGAUUUUACCCUCUUUACAUUAGAUGAUGUGGAUGCAGCCUUCGAUAAAAUACAGCAGCUAAAAUUCUCUCAGAUUGUGAACUUGAAAGGCAAAGGACAUGGUUUGUCUAUCACACCCCUGCCUGCUGGUCAUAUGAUAGGAGGAACAAUAUGGAAAAUAGUCAAAGACGGAGAAGAAGAAAUUGUUUAUGCUGUUGACUUCAACCACAAGAGGGAGAUCCACUUAAAUGGAUGUUCCCUGGAAAUGCUAAGCAGACCCUCUCUGCUUAUCACAGAUUCAUUCAAUGCUACGUAUGUGCAGCCUAGAAGGAAACAGAGAGAUGAGCAGCUCUUGACAAAUGUUCUGGAAACUCUCCGUGGUGAUGGAAAUGUUCUAAUAGCAGUGGACACAGCCGGCAGGGUUCUGGAGCUUGCUCAACUUCUUGAUCAGAUUUGGAGAACUAAAGAUGCAGGCCUUGGUGUUUAUUCACUGGCCCUCCUGAAUAACGUCAGCUAUAACGUGGUGGAGUUUUCUAAGUCACAGGUAGAAUGGAUGAGUGAUAAAUUGAUGAGAUGUUUUGAAGACAAGAGAAAUAAUCCAUUUCAGUUUCGCCAUCUCUCUCUGUGCCAUGGUCUUUCUGACUUGGCUCGAGUUCCAAGCCCCAAAGUUGUACUUGCCAGCCAGCCUGACCUGGAGUGUGGAUUCUCAAGGGACCUCUUUAUUCAGUGGUGCCAGGAUCCUAAAAACUCAAUCAUUUUAACUUAUAGAACAACUCCUGGGACUUUAGCUCGUUUCUUAAUUGAUAAUCCUUCUGAGAAAGUUACAGAAAUAGAGCUGAGGAAACGCGUGAAGCUUGAAGGGAAAGAACUCGAAGAAUAUGUGGAAAAAGAGAAACUAAAGAAAGAAGCUGCUAAGAAACUUGAGCAGUCGAAAGAGGCGGAUAUCGACUCCAGUGAUGAGAGUGAUGUGGAGGAAGAUAUCGACCAGCCUUCAGCUCAUAAGACAAAGCAUGACCUGAUGAUGAAAGGCGAAGGCAGUCGCAAAGGCAGCUUCUUCAAACAGGCCAAAAAAUCCUACCCUAUGUUUCCUGCCCCAGAAGAAAGAAUUAAAUGGGAUGAAUAUGGCGAGAUCAUCAAACCAGAAGAUUUCUUAGUGCCAGAACUUCAGGCCACUGAAGAAGAAAAAAACAAAUUAGAAUCGGGUUUGACAAAUGGAGAUGAGCCCAUGGAUCAGGACCUGUCUGAUGUUCCCACCAAGUGUGUUUCUGCAACAGAGUCUAUUGAGAUAAAAGCCAGGGUUACUUACAUAGACUAUGAAGGACGUUCGGACGGAGACUCCAUUAAAAAGAUCAUCAAUCAGAUGAAACCACGGCAGUUGAUCAUUGUCCAUGGCCCACCAGAGGCCAGUCAGGACCUGGCCGAGUGUUGCCGUGCAUUUGGUGGGAAAGAUAUUAAAGUGUACAUGCCAAAGCUACACGAAACAGUUGAUGCCACAAGCGAAACGCAUAUCUACCAGGUACGAUUAAAGGACUCGCUUGUCAGCUCCCUUCAGUUUUGUAAAGCUAAAGAUGCCGAGCUGGCUUGGAUAGAUGGUGUCCUAGACAUGAGAGUUUCCAAAGUGGACACAGGAGUUAUUUUAGAAGAAGGAGAGCUCAAGGAUGAUGGAGAAGACUCUGAAAUGCAAGUGGAUGGUCCUUCAGAUUCCAGUGCCAUAGCCCAGCAGAAGGCCAUGAAAAGUCUGUUUGGAGAUGAUGACAAGGAAUUGGGUGAAGAGAGUGAGAUCAUCCCCACACUGGAGCCUUUGCCACCUCAUGAGGUUCCUGGACACCAGUCAGUUUUUAUGAAUGAACCAAGACUGUCUGACUUCAAGCAAGUUCUUUUGCGGGAGGGGAUUCAAGCGGAAUUUGUAGGGGGAGUACUUGUCUGCAACAAUCAAGUAGCAGUCCGCAGAACAGAAACUGGACGCAUCGGAUUAGAAGGCUGCCUUUGUCAAGACUUUUAUAGGAUACGAGACCUUUUAUAUGAACAGUAUGCCAUUGUGUAAAGGACAUGAUGUCAGGAAGUGUCUGCUUGACCUUUCUCAGGAAGAAAGGGUUCUCAUCUGAGGCUAAGCUUUCGCUGUCUUGUUUUGUAACAUACAAAAAGAGUCUGCAAGAAAACGUGAGCAUGUAUUAGAUUUUGAAAAAUAAGAAUCAAGGGCCUGGGGUGUAGCUCAGUGGUAGAGCUCUUGCCUAGCAUGUGCAAGGCCCGGGAUUUAAUUCCCAGUACUGAAUACAGAAAGAAAGAAAGAAAGAAAGAAAAUGUAAAUAGAACCCAUUUUGUAAAUGCUCUGCCUUGCAGAAUGCUAAAGGCCCAGCGGAAAGACAGGCCCAGAGCUGAAAGUGUUGAUUUCCUCUGCAGAUCCCUUGCUCCAAAGGGUUCAUUACUUGAAAAAAAACAAAAAAACAAAAAAAACAAACAGUGCAACCUAGCAGCCCAGUUCAUGGCCUUACAGAAACUGGUAUGCAUGCAUUUUGCAGACAGUUUCUUAUGUUUUCUGGAAUGAACAAGGAGAAUUGUAUAGAAAGGAUAUGCUGUAAAAGAGACAGAUAGAAAAACUGGGGAAACAACAACAAAAGUGCAUUGUGCUGUUAGACCGUUUUGAAUUCUGAUAUGCAGUUGCCUCCGCAUGGAGUCUCUGCUGUCUACCUUCAGUGUGGUAUGAGGCGGCACACGUUUAGUUUAGAAAUAAAUGUUUAUUUCUCCCAUUUCUUGUUUAUGAAGAUUUUUUGUUGUUGUUCAAUUUGAAUUUCCAACCUCAUCAUUUGAAUAAAUGUCAUCUAAAAGAAAGCCUUGAAGCUGAGUGUGGCACGUACGCCUGGAAUCCCAGCAGCACUCGGGAGGCUGGCGUAGGAGGAUUGUGAGUUAGAGGCCAGCCUGAGCUACCUACAUAGUGAGUGAGACCCUGUCUCAAAAACCAGCAUAAAGAAAGCCUAGUGUCUUACCAGUUCUGCAGAUAUUUUGUUUAGACACAACUAUUAGCCAAGCAGCUGUAUUUGAAACUGUCCAAUGCUCUCUUUGUAAAAAAACAUGUUGACCCUCACAUUUUUAUAAGGUAACAGUAUAAUUUAACUAAAGGGUGUAAAUGUGUUCCUUUCUUAGCCUGUUUUCUAAGGUUAUAUAAACAGUGGUUGGAUUUUAUGCUUAUUACUACAAAAAUAGUACUGAACUGGGGUAAUUGCCACCCUUGAUACAGUUCAAAGAAUCCUGCUUAAGAGUAAAAACUGAAAAUAAUGCAAUUCCAUUGACUUGAACAAUGAACCAUGUUGUCCCAUUGCAACCUGUUGUUUUAGUUCUUAGAAGGCAGCGUACUCAGGCAGUCCUUGCUGCUUGCUUAAGCUUUAAGCCUUGCUCUCUGAACAUAGCAUUUAGAGAAGCCUUGAUCUUGUUUAACCAAGUGAUCUACUGUCAGGCUAAAAUUAGCCUUUUAUUCAGUUUUAUGUGCUAACAGAGCCUUCUGUUGUAGAUUACAGCGCUGAAGCCUUUGGAUACUGAAAAGCAGUUGCAGAGAUGAGUGUAAAGAGUAUGUUUUCUUUUUAGCAGUCACGAUACAUUCCUCUUUUUCCUCGUUACUAUAUAGAGGAAGCCUGUAAUUCUAUUUCUAUUCCAGGAGAAGAAAACCUGCAGUUGUUACAUGGUAUAAAGUUUCUGGCUGUAUCUAUUCCAUGGUAAUACUUUUAUCUAAAUUAUUUCUUGCCUAGUCUUUCUGCUGUCCUAUGAGCAGGAAUUAAAUUUCAAAGUACUGCUUGAAGAUGGCUGUUCUACAUAAUGCCAUUAGAGAACAAUAUUUCUGCCUGUGUCUAGAUGACAUUAUCCUAAAAUUCCUGAGAUGGAGAACUUCAUUACAGCCUCGGCUACUUAGGAAAGAAAAACAUGACUUUUAAAGACAGCAGUGAGAUGGAUCAUGAGCGCAGAUCAGCUCUGAGAAGCAAGAAUACAUACAGCAUGUGAACUGUCAGCCGAUAACCGCAAGGAGCUUUCUUAAAAAGAAGUUUUUAUGGCAUGAUAGCACAUGCCUGUAAUUUCAUCACUUCAUUCAAACUUGGUUUAAGGCCAGCCUAGACCACAUAAGAUCCUUCUCAAAAGAAAGAGAAAGGGUCUGGGGAUAUAGCUCAGUAUAUCUAGCAUGUGUGAGGCCCAGGUCUGAAGGUUGAGGGCUGCUUAUUGUAUUUGUUUCAGUGCAAUUAUACACGUCAAGUAUUGUUGCAGUUGUUUCUAUAUUUCUGUGGAUCAAUAGGUUACCUAAAACAAUAGCUUAGAAAACAGUUUUUGUAUGAGGGGCUGUUCGCCUUUUUUUGUGUUUGUGUAGUUUACAUACCAUAAAAUAUUUAAUCUUAAAAUAUACUGGUUUUGGUGUAUCCAGAAUGUGCAACUGCUACUAUGUAAUACCAGAAUACUUUUUAUCAUUCCAUAAGGAAACCUAGUAACCUUUGCACUCCAUUUUCACUUCUCCCUAGUCAAUCAUCAAUCUUUCUGUCUCUUCUGGACAUCUCAUUAAAAAAAAAAAAAAUCAUGCAACAUGUGGCCUUUUGUGUCUUCUUUCAUUUCAAUUGUUUUUCAAGAUUCAUUAAUGUAGUAAUGUGUUAGCAUCAUUUUUGUUUGCUUUGAGGCAUGGUCUUGCAUUGUAUAGCUCAAGCUGGGUUCAAGCUUAUAAUCCUCCUGCCUCUAGAAUGCUGGGAUUUAUAGGUGUACACUUUCAAUAUCCGUUUUAUGGUUAUUUGAUUUGACACUCCUUUGUUUCGGUGUCAUGUCUGUUCAUCAGUUGAUGUACAUUGAGUGGUUCCCAGUUUCUGGCUGCUACAAAAAAAAAUGUUGCUUUGAAUGUUCUUGUACAAGAUUUUUUAAAACAUAAGGAUUUGUAUUUUAAAUUUUCUUGUGUGUAUGCUUAAGAACAGGAUUCCUGGGUCAUAUGGUAACUGGUUAACCAUUUAAGGAACUACAGACUGUCUUGGGGAGUAGCUGUGCCAUUUCGUGUUCCCAUUGGCAGAUGUAGAAAUGUUCUGUUUUUGUCACAUGUAUUCUUGACUCCAUCUUCUAUUUUCACCAUCCCUAGCAUGUGAGAAGAGGUUUUGCUUUGUAUUUCCCUAAUAAACAAUUAUGUUGAGCGUG